GUCGUGUUUUAGUUUGAUCAGUGAUCAUUGGUGAUCCGCGUGCUCUUUUCUUUCAUAUCGUCCUCUCUUGCUCUUGCCCGUCUCUUGUGCUCGCGGUUUACUCGCACUCGAUCUUGGUCUCGGUCUAUCUCUUUUUCGUUUGUUGUGUUUUGUGUGUGCUUAUUGUGUGCCGCUUUAAUUCGCUGUCGGUCGUUGGCUUCAGCUGAAGCUUGGUCUCCUAGAGUUUUGUGUGCUAAAUACGCCGUCUUAUAUAACAUAAUUCUGUAAAUGUAUUUUGCAAUGUGUUAGAGAAUUGCAUUAAAAUCGCCAAUCGAAAAAGAGACAAGAACGCAAAACAAAAGAAUUGAACAUUGAGUUGAUUGCACAGCCAUGGCUUGUCGCUCAGACAUUGAUUUGGCCACGCUCCAUCAGCAUAGACUGGAGGAGCGUCUGCACUACGGAUUCGCCUGGUGCGGUGCCCACGGCAGCAGCCAACAGCAGCAGCAACAACAACGUCUAACCCACUACAACGAGCAGCUCAUCCGCCACAGUGCCACCCAGCAACGUCAACGGUUGGCCAACAACAGCGGCUACUACAAGAUGGACGAUCGCCAACCCGCCGGAGUUGAUUCUGUUGCCUGCAAGGUUAAGGAGAACAUUGCCAACAAUAGCCAGAAGGAAAGCCAACAGCAGCAGGCUGAGGAUGAUUACGAUAGCUACUUCACAAGCACAACGCGACGCAGACGCUCUGGCACUUGGCCGCGCACGCGUAGCCUGAACGCUCCAUCGCCUUUCCAGCAGUUUGGACCAUGUGGUCGGAUUAUGAAAAACUCUGCAAUGGUUAUGCAAAUUCAGGAUCCCGCCAGCCAGCGUCUGACAUGGUACAAGCCACCUCUAACUGUGUUGGUUAUCAAGAAGAAGGACUCACAGGUGCUGCUCCCAUUUGUGCAGCUGGUCGAGUGGCUGGUGCAGGAGAAGAACAUGGUCGUCUGGGUUGAGUCCGCAGUGCUGGAGGAUAAGUUGCUGCGCGACGAUGUCAAGCUGGAGCAGGAGAGUGCCAAGUUCCGGCAGGUUCAUGAGUAUUACACUGGAGUUCGUUCCCGUUUCCAGGCACUGCGCGAAAAGCUCGUUACCUUCAAAGAUGGUCGUGAUGAUCUCACCGAUCGCAUUGACUUUAUUGUCUGCCUGGGAGGCGAUGGCACAUUGCUGUAUGCCUCGCAGUUGUUCCAGCAAUCGGUGCCACCAGUGAUGGCCUUCUAUCUGGGAUCGCUGGGUUUUUUGACACCCUUUCAGUGUGAUAACUUUCAAGAGCAAGUGACCAAUGUGCUGGAGGGUCAUGCCGCUCUAACGCUGCGCAGUCGCUUGCGCUGUUCCAUCCAUCGCAAGGGCGAACGUCGCCGGGAGUCGCUGCAGCAGGCGAGCAACAACCUGCUCAAGCCCAGUCUGCAGAGUCAGUACGGCUAUGGACCAAUGGGCAACAGCAACAGCAACAACAACUGCAAUCUGUCGUCGAGCAACAAUAGCAUUUUGGUAUUGAACGAAGUGGUGAUCAAUCGAGGACCAUCGCCAUACUUGAGCAACAUUGACAUCUUCUUGGAUGGCAAAUAUAUAACUUCUGUGCAGGGCGAUGGCCUGAUUGUGUCCACGCCCACGGGCAGCACGGCUUAUGCGGCGGCAGCAGGCGCGUCCAUGAUACAUCCCUCGGUCCCAGCAAUACUGGUGACACCCAUCUGUCCUCACUCGCUGAGUUUCAGGCCUAUCGUAGUGCCAGCUGGUGUGGAGUUGAAAAUAUCAAUAUCACCUGAUAGCCGAAAUACGUCGCGUGUCUCAUUUGAUGGCCGCAACGAUCAGGAGUUGAAUCACGGCGACAGCCUGCGCGUUACAACGUCCAUUUACCCGGUACCAAGCAUUUGUUCACAGGAUCAGAUAUCCGAUUGGUUUGAUUCGCUGGCGGAGGGCCUUCAUUGGAAUGUGCGUAAGCGCCAAAAGUGCCUCGACGAGCUGUCCGAUCUGACGACAUCCAGCUCCGAGGAUACGCUUGAUGAGUUUGACAAUCUGAAAAUCUACGAUGCGUAGUGCUCAACCACAUCCACGAUUAACUGUGGAGAGAGUGUGUGCCCACUUAGGUGACUUUUGUGUAGUUAUAGCUUAGUUGAUAGUGUUUUUUGCUCUUGUGCAAUUUGUACACAGUUGCUAUCUAGGAAAAUACUCCGUUCUAUUGUACAAUAUGAAGAUAUAUCUAUAUACUAUUUUCUAUAUAUAUUUGGUUGAAUUUAAUGUUAAAUGUUUGCAAUAUUGUUUAAUCUAGACAAAUUUAUAUUAUUUUGCAUGAGAACAAAUUUGUUUAGGCUUUAGUUGUUAAGUAAUACUUUACGCCAAGUGCCGCGAACUUAUGCAUUCGAUUGCAUGUUACAAAUUCUGUACGUAUGUAUACUUAAUAAUGAUAAUAUAAUAAAUUGUAUUA